AUGCCGCCAACUCCGCCUCUUUCCGAACGUCGACUCCGGAGUACACUAACUUCCAAAGCUUGUGAUUCUUGCAAGGCUAGAAAGAUCCGCUGUUCCGUUAACCGAAAUCUACUACUUACUACCAGCGAAGCAACACCAAACAUCAAACUCAAUGACGCCAGCCCUACUGCUCGGAAUCUUGUGCCUGAUUCAGAUCUGAAGCAGGGUACCGCAUUUCCUAUACAGAAUGAUCUUUUUAUAGAUCGCAUCCUGUUUGGGUCAUCAUCAACAGAUGUCCCAAAUGCUGAUGAGAGAUUCUCCCUGAAAGGAAUAGGCCUUUUGAACGGCACUCACAGUGUCACGUUCUUCUCAGACAGUAGACUCGAGAUGCUUUCGGCCAAGCUUCAGAAUAACAAGGUCAAUGACCUCAUCCGGCGAAUGUCUUCAGUAAUCAACAACAGGGCCAAGAUAACCACCAGUACCUCACCUGAGCAUCUACCUGAGCUACCCCUUCCAUUGAUGAAUCAUUUAUCUACUGCCAGAUAUAUAGCUAUAUACUACGACCAAGUCCAUCCUCUCUUCCCUCACCUUGAUCGCGAAAGCUUCGACUCCACCAUCACAAGCCCUGACUUCAGCACAAUCCUCGUCAACGACACAGCUUUCUCUGCUCUAUAUCAUUCCGUCCUUGCCCUCGGUAGUCUCCACGACGGAGGCGGUAGCUUUGAGCCUGGGAAGGGAAAGGCAUGGGAACUGCUCUCCGUCGCACUAGCCAAGGUGCCUGAUCUCCCCAAGGCCAAGAACUCACUCGUCGCUCUCCAAGCAAUAACGACAGUCGCUGUCUAUUGCUUGGGGGCCAUCAUCGACGCUAACAUCAUCGUGCCUAUGCCCUAUGUACCCGAGUCUCACCUUGGAGCCCUGAACUGGACACACAUACUCGCUCAGCAGAGCCGUCUCUUGUCUAGAGCGAUGAAUACCCUCUUCUGCCCUGGUGUCUGUCACAGGGGAUCUCAUUACUUUCUGACGACCAUUGAUCAACUCCUCGACGACCUUGAACAGUGGAGAGCUUCUAUCGCAGAGGACUUUCGUCCAGGAUAUACCUCGCAGUUGAGUUUGCUUCGUAGACCAGUGCACGGUACAGUUGGGAUUUGGAUCAACUAUCUCUACUACAGUCUUAAGCUCAUUUUGCUCCGGAGCAGGCUACAGAUUGACAGCUCUCAAGGCAGAGGAGGGGGCAAGACCAAUCAUAGUGAUCAGCUGAUCGAAGUUUCUCGGUCCGUUCUCGAGAUUGUUACAUACGUCGACGUUGAGCCAUCAACACCACUAUGGAUCAUCGCAGCUAUCCCAUUGUGUGCUCUCUUUCUUCUUUUCGACCACGUUAUCAGCAACCCGAAGUCUCCAGACACAAGAAGCAAUCUCGCUCUCCUCAACAUCGCGGGAGGACAUUUUAGUCGCCUUGAGUUUGCAAGUGGAGGAACGUUGCCUGGCUCGCUUAUCAGCGAGUUUACAUAUAUCGCCCGCGAAUACAUCAAUCAAUGCGACAAUCACGACUCACUAAAAGGGACCCAAAACACGAUUCCCUCUAUAGACCAUAAUCCCUCAGUGGACGAAUCUGGUACUACUGGAGUAAGCCACAGUCUAGAGCAGGAGUUCGAGAUGGCUCAGGCUACAGUACUGAACUCUACGUCGCUUAUGGAUCCUAUCUAUGCGCCGAUAGAAAGUCUCUGGGACAGUGGAAACGAUCCGUUGUAUGGUAUAGAUGUGAUGAACCUUUUCAAUAGUAUUAUAUCGGAGGAUUAG